GCGAGGGAACAGGUGUUGAACGUGUUCACCUGUGCGGGAGCGCGCGAGCGUCAGCUUGUUGGACGCUAUAGCCUAUGUAGGUGUCGGUGCGUUCGUUGCGGCUUUUACUCCGUGAAGUGGUUAAACCAACUGAAAAUGUCAUGUUACAUUUGAAGAAUUUGUUUGUGUGGCGUUUGCGGACGUUUUAUUCCGUUUCUGUGGGAAUCUGUUCACUUUUCUAUGGCUAAGAAAAGAACUGAGGCGUCCGGCUACUCGAGAUACAGUUAGGUUUUAAUGAAAACAGUGACUUGGGCUAGUUUAGAAGUGCCAUAUUUGAUGAGAAACUAGAGAGUGAAAUAACAACAACAAAAAAUUGUUAAUGUAUCUAAAAAUAUAUCGAAUUUAAAACUGGUGAAUUGGGAAGUAGCCUGUUUAAUUCUUACAAAGUUGGACCAAAUGGACGAAAUGAAGAAAAUGUCAAACCCAGCCUGCUUUGCCCUGUUACUGACCGCAGUAAUUGCCUGUGUGUGUGGCGAGUUUAUUCAACCCCCUCCGUCCAUGGCACUGCGUGCCUUCGCUGAGGAUGAGACCCGACUGCCGUGUGAGUUUAAACCACAGGACGGUGCCAAAGUGAUACAGGUGACCUGGUCUGCAGAAAAGGCCAAGGGUGUCAAGGAGCAGGUCAUCACCAGACACAUGACAGAGGGACUUCAAGAGUUUCCUAGCUUCGCAGGCCGUGUGCGCUUCACAAGUUCUGAUCCAAUUAAAGACUCAACGCUGUUGAUUCUGAGCACAAGGGAGUCGGAUCAAGCCACGUACACCUGCCACAUCACCACUUUUCCUUCAGGGAACUUUGACAGACAAAUCAGCCUCACUGUCUGGAGGAUUCCCAUCUCCACACUGGAACCGGUCAUCCUGGAGGAGGGUCAGUCAUUCCGAGCGGCUGCCACCUGCCGUGCGAUUGGUCUCCCUCCACCACGUCUUACCUGGGACACCGAUGUGCCCGGCCAAUCACAGAACAGGAGCUCAGAGGACGGGGUAGUCACCUCCCAGUACUCGCUGCACCCUCUGCGCAACAUGAAUGGCCGCAAACUGGACUGCCUGGUGUGGCACCCUGCUCUAGAGCACCCCCGCAGGCUGAGCAACACACUGGUCGUGCACUUUCCUCCUGAUGCUAUGGUUUCUGGUUACGAUCAGAGCUGGUCAGUCAAUCAGAAGGGAGCUGAGCUCAAGUGCGAGGGUGUAGGAAAUCCUCAACCACACAACUUCACCUGGACCAGGAAGGGUGGGGUUUUGCCCAAGGACGUAUCUGUGGAGGGGAACAGGCUCGUUUUCACUCGUCCCCUAAAUAAAACUGAUGAAGGAGUGUAUGAAUGUGAGGCCAGAAACACAGUGGGAUCGGUGAAGACAGAAGUUAAUGUCAAGAUCCCAGUGACCAAACCUUCCCAGCUCGAGGCCUCUUUCAACAACCUCCUCCUUAUCAUAGUGGGUGGAGCUGCUGGGGCUUUAGUAGUCGUCAUGGCGAUUAUCAUCCUUCUGGUUACCUGCCACCAUAGACGCAGGACCAGGAAACUUAAAAGUGAGCUCACAGAGAAGAAGGAAGAGAUCAAUAAUCUUUCAAGACAGAACUCUAUGAGGAGACUUAACUCAGUCAGUACUGACCCCAGGAUACAGACUGAAGAAUCCACCCUAAUCAGGAUGAGCUCUCCUAUAAAAAGCAGUGUCUUUUCACUAGAGGAGAAUUCCAUCAUAUGUGAGCACAGAGAUGGGUUCAGAGAAGGAGAAUACGACAGCCUCGGCCGUCCAGCCAUCUACCCGUCUUGCCACUUCGAGCGAGGGAGCGGGAGGAGGAAACAGACAGAGGUGGAGAAUCAAGACCACAUUCAAAGAGUGGCAUCCUAUGUAAAGAACUAUAGUAUGACUUUGGAUGCAGAACUUUGCAGGGACCAGAGCCCUCCACCCUUGUCCAUUAGCUCAGGGGGUUCAAGAGAAAGAGGGACGGGAAACGACGUAUGGGGACAGAGAGAAGGCAUGCCAGAGGGAGAGGAGGGAGAUUGUACCUCAGACUCGCAUCAGAUUUCAGAGGCAAUCUCAAACUACUUCCACUACAGCAACGGUGUCCUCCAGCCAAAACCCCACCCAAACGCUAUACUACUGCACAAACGUGGUCAGAUCAUAUAAUGAUGAAGCGAAAGUGCUUCUACACAGCAAGUCAUUCCUGCAAUCUUUUCAGGCCACCAGUAAUGAGCUUUGGGGUCAAGUGGAGCUCAUCCUGCUUCCUGCUUCAUCUGACCAACAAAUUAAUUCAACACUCCCUGGUGCACGUGUUAAUACCAUAAGCAGGUUAGCACAUCGAGAUCAAUGGUCACUUCAGCUUUUUACUCUACUCACAGGGUCAUGGGUCAUCUACAGGUCAUCUGCAGUCUACAAGUCCAGAUGUGGAUCCAUCAAGAGAUUUAAGCAGAUCAACAACUUGUUAAAAGCCUGAGCUGAUGAAUGCAUCCAAAUAUGAACUAGCACCACUUAUGUACUGUAGCAGUUCCUCAGUUGGGUCUUGUGCCUACAUUUGGAAAAUUGCCUGAUUUUGCCUGAAAUGUUACUCUUUGAUAUCUGCUGAUACUUUUUCCACAAUUGAUAGGUCCUUCUGAAUACAAGACAAACUUUCAUAUAUACACCUUAUUCAGAACAGCAUAAACUUUUGAAGUACAUCUGUUCAAAAGAGGUAAAUCAGCUGGGUAAUUAGCCAGUUACUUUCAUAAUCGAUUUCCUUGCAUGUAUUUUGCAAAAUGAUGGUCAAAUGUUUAUUAAAAAAGUGUCUUCUUUUAAAAAGAUUAAAAACAAAAACAGAGCAGAUGGAAUGGA